AUGCGUUUCAAUCUACUUCAACGCGGAGGGGGCAUCCUCCGAUACCUUCAUCGCAGCGAUGCCUUGGCUCGUCCCACUCGUAUGAUCAACACCAAUGGUCAUGUCCGCCGUAUUUGUCUACCUAUAAGCCGUUACUCGAUCAACCCAGUCACGAAAACCACUCGUCCUGAGGGCAUUCUAUCACGAACUUGGAGUAGAUCUUUUGCUACUGCCAAUGAUGCCGAUGAAGACGUUAAACCGACGAAGUCGAAGAAAACGACAAAGACGAAGAAGAGCCGCAGCAAGAAGGCUAAAUCGAAGGCCAAACCUAAGACGCGGAGAACCCUGACGGAGAAGCAGAAAGAAGCUAAGAAGGCGAAGGAAUCGAGAGAGACGCUUAAGCAACUCAAGCUCACGGCCCUUGAACCACCAAAGAAGCUCCCAGAGUUCGCAUGGAACCUGGCGGUUACGAUGAAGAUUGCAGAGGCAAAGGCCAAAGGCCUCAAAGGCAAAGAGGCAUUCAAGGAAGCUACACAGAUGGCAAAGUCGAUCGGCUUCGACGAAAAUGAGAACGUCGUACAGCGUGUCACUGCACAGGCCGAAGCCAACAAAGCUGCGAACGAAGCUGCUUAUAACACCUGGAUCAAAUCAUUUACUCCUCUCCAGAUCAAAGAGGCCAAUGCUGCCCGACGCAGACUCGCGAAGCUCAAGAAUACUAGAGCAUAUCUCCUGCGGGACGACCGCCUGGUCAAGAGACCCCUCCCAGCUUACAUGCGAUACAUGAUGGAGCGAACCCAGGAGGGCGACUUCAAGUACAUGAAGGUGGCGGAUAUCGCAGCUCGUGUGGCAGAGGAAUGGAAGGGUCUGACAGGCGCAGAGAAAGAGAAAUAUCUGAAACAGGCCGAGAUUGAACGUGAGCAAUACCGACAACGCUGCCGCGAGGUAUACGGCGAGGAACCCCACUCCUCAUCCGCAUCGGAAAGCCCUUAA